AAAAUAAAAAACUUCGAGGGCAGAAAAGGAUGAAGGAAUUCAACAGAAAAUGUGAAAGUAAGGAAGGGGGAGAAAUGGAUGCUUUUUUAAAUAAAGAACAGAUCCCGACCCCUAGAUCAUUGUUUCCAGCACCAGAACAAUCUUUUCUUGAUCUUAGUCCUCAGCUACCUGAAUCUUCAGUUAUGCUAUUACAAGAUGACUUGGUAAAAGAAAAGCACACAAAAGAACAAGUCACAGAAAAGAAUCAAAUGGACUUAAGGGAGUUAGGUGAAAAGCAGGUUAUUGAUGAUAAUAAAGGUCUAAAAAAAGAUGAGAAUUUAGAAAAUAAUCUUGGUGAUAAGGAGGAUUCUUCACAAGAACAAUUUAUAGAUAAAAAUCAAUUUAACUACCAAAAGUUGUCCUGUGAAAAUCAAGUAAUAGAAAAUAAUGUAGUAAAUGAGAGUGUUUCAGAGGAGGAAACAGAAAAAGUGCCAGUAGUUACAGAACCAUUAGAACCUCAAAUAAAACUGAAAUACUAUUAUCCAGCAGACCAGUGGAGUCCGUUGAAUCUAGAGGGUAAAAAACAAUAUGAUCGUGCCUUUCUUCUUCAGCUGCAGUCCGAACCAAUAUCCUUGAAGAAGCCCCAAGGUCUACCAAACCUGGAAGUUAUCAAAGAUAGGGCCAUUCCCUUCAAGCAAGGAGAUGUCAGGAGACCUCUGAAUCAGGGUCAGUCUCGUAGUAACCACACUGAUCCAUUCAUGCCAGUUUAUGCUGGUGGUGCACAGCAAAGGAAUAAUCAAGGAGGAAUAACAGGAAGGAGACAUAGUCAACAGAGUAGAGACAAAGGGAAAAAAAUAUUUACAUCUUCUUUUAGCAAGGAUGUCAAGCUCCAUUCAUCAGAAAAUGCAUGGAAACCUUCUCGAAAAGCUGAAGAACCUGAAACUCAUGAAGAGAAAAAUACCCAGGAACUGUACAGAAAAGUGCAAGGUAUCCUGAACAGACUGACUCCACAGAAGUUUCAAACUCUGGUCAAUCAAGUGAAAGAACUUCCUAUUGAUAAUAAAGAACGAUUGAAGGGUGUUAUGAAUCUAGUCUUCAAAAAGGCUGUUGAGGAGCCUAACUUUAGUGUACCUUAUGCAAACAUGUGUAAGACUCUAGCCAUGAUGCAAGUGCCUGCAGGUGAUGGCUCAAGUCAGUGUGUGAAAUUUAGUAAGUUAUUAUUAACUAAAUGUCAACAGGAGUUUGAAAAAGAUAUUAAUGAUGAAAUAAACAAAGAAGGAAGACUGAAACAAAUAGAAGAGGCAGAAACAGCAGAAAAAAAAAAUCAACUACAAGAGGAACUUGAUGAGGAAGAGGCUAAGGCCAAGAGAAGAUCUUUAGGAAAUAUUAGGUUUGUUGGGGAGCUAUUCAAGCUAGGAAUGUUAACAACUCCAAUCAUGCAUACCUGUAUCAAAAAACUCUUGGGGCAGGGAGACGAAGAUUCUCUAGAGUGUUUAUGCCGCUUAUUAACGACAAUUGGCAAAGAAUUGGAGCGAGAGAAAAACAAGCUCACAGCAACAUCAAUGAACAGCUGCUUUGAAACUAUGAAAACAAUAGUGAAGGAAAAUAAGACUAAUUCUCGAAUUAGGUUCAUGCUGCAAGAUGUUAUUGAUCUUAGGCAGAAUAAUUGGGUACCUAGGAGAGAAGAUAACAACCCUAAAACAAUUGACCAAAUUCACUGGGAAGCUGAAAAGGAAGCUCAGCAACAACAGCUUCUCUUGCAACAGGUGCAUGUGCCACCCCAAAAACGAUCAGAUGAAAGAGAAAGAAGAAAAAGCAGGAAUAAUCCCCCAUUCUCAGAUGAAGGAUGGAACACAGUUACCAGUAGGAGCAAGAUUGAUACCAAUAAACUUAAACAGUUUGCCAAGGGAGGACAAGCAGAAGUAGAGAACAUACAGCUUGGUCCAGGCCGUUCUUUCUACAGUUGGGGAAAAGGUAGUAGUGGAGGAACUAAAGCUCAAAUUCAAGAAACUGAAUCCAGACCUCCAUUGCCCUCUAACAGGUUCUCAGCAUUAUCAGCAACAGAACAGAACUAUGAUUCUAGAAGAAACACACAAAGGUCUGCUGCUUCAAGUCGAGAAUCCAGUCAGAAUCGUGGAGGUCCAGCUGUAAGAAAGACACCAUCCCAGUCAUUAGCAAAAUACCAGGAAAAAGCAGCAGCUGCCGUAAUGUGUUUUCUUCCUGGUGGUGGUGAAGGAUUUCUUGAAUCAAAACCUGUAUCUCAAGACCAAAAGGAAAGAACAGAAGAACCAAAGAUGUUACUUAAGGGUAAAGACAUGUCUGAAGAUGAAAUAGAGACAAGAACGAAACCACUUAUUGAUGAGUUUCUUCACAGCUGUGAUUUUAAGGAAGCAACACAUUGUUUUAUUGAACUAACAUCACCCACAACUGUCAGUUACUUUAUUUCUGCUGCCAUCAACCAGGUGUUGGAGCGCUCUAGUCAGGCUCGUCUCUUGGUUGGCCAGUUCCUUCAUGAUUUGGUUCGUAGUAAUAUUAUACCUGCAGAGAUGUAUAUAAAGGGGCUCAAGUCGAUAUUAGAAAAUGCAGAUGACUAUGCCAUAGAUAUACCAAGAAUAUGGGAGUAUCUGGGAGAACUUAUAGGUCCAAUGAUUCAAGAUGGUAGUAUUCCAUUGAGCUUCCUCAAAGAAGCAGCUGAGCCUUGUGUAGCUAGUGGAACAGCUGGUAAACUUCUGUCAGCUGUAUUACAUGCUGCUGCUGGAAAAUUAGGUUCUAUUAAAACUGGAGAGCUGUGGAAGAAGUCUGGCCUUCAAUGGACAGAGUGUCUGUCAUGUAAACAGAAUGUAGAAAAGUUUAUAGAAGAAAAUAAAUUACAAUUUACAGUUAGUGAAACAGAACCACUUCCUGAUGCUCAACUUUCUAUAGAACAGAUUAAGAAAAAACUUGACUUUUUAUUACAAAAGCAAAAAGCUAGCAAUGAAGAAAUCCUUGAUUGGAUUGAGGUUCAUGUGGGAGAAGAAAGAUGCAAAAAUUCUCAGUUCAUUCGUGCCUUGACUACUGCUGUUGUAGAGAGUGCAAUAGAGGGAGAGGGAAACAAUUGUAGAUUUAACAAUUCUGCUGUCUCGGACAGAUUGUCAAUAUUUAAGAAAUACUUGGAUAAUAAAGAAGAUUUAGAACUUCAAGCUCUCUAUGGUCUGCAGGCUUUAGUUAAUAGACUUGAACAUCCUAAAGGAUUGCUGCUGGAUAUGUUCAACAUCUUCUACGACUUAGAUAUAAUCUCUGAUGAGGCUUAUAUUAGGUGGGAACAGAGUUCAGAUCCUGCAGAACAGGAAGGGAGGGGAGUUGCACUGAAGUCUGUGGUGCCAUUUUUCACAUGGCUAAAAGAAGCAGAAGAAGAAUCAGCUGAUUCAAAUUGACUCAUUGUUGAUGUUUAAGAUUAGAUAUGAUUCUAGUAUUCAUCAAGGAAAAUGUUUAGAAUAUAUACUGGAAAAUUGUUAAUUUGCUAUUAGCAAAAGUAGACUGAUGGAAACAAAGUGUUUAAAUUUGAAGCUCAUGAAAUUCGUAUGUGUAUUUUAUAAUUCAUAUUAUUCCUAUGAAUUAGAAAUUUCACUGAAUAAUGAAUACAAAUUUAUAUAUAUAUAUAUGUUUAUGGUACUGAGUUGUACCUAGUUAUUUCUUUUUCUUAUGGGUAGUCAGCUCUGUUUUAUCAAGUCUUAUAGGCUGAGUUAAAAGUAAGAAUAAAUUAUCAGUAAGUGUGUAAUAUUUGUUAUGUUUCAACGAAUAUUUAGCUUCAAUUAAAUAAGUAAAAUAAAACAAUUAAUAGGUAAAUAAAUAGUUUUUUGUUAUGUACAUUGACAACAGAAAAGUUAAGUAUGUUUUUUUAACUUUGAACAGUACAUGUGUUUAACAUUGGUAAAACUGACAUUUCACCUUCUUUCUUGUUAGUAUUUAUAGAAACAAGCAUGUGUUGUAUUUGGGCAGUGUUGUGUGCUAUUUAUAGAUCAAGCAUGUGCUGUAUGUAGGCAGUGUUGUGUGCUUCAUCAUGAACAUUUGGUAGAAUGUCUUACAUACAUACAAUUGAAACCUAUCCUAUUUUUAAUACAACAGAAUGCCUUAUCUGAAGUUUUAUGUUAUCAGUUAUGCUAAGUGUUAGUUGUCAGUUUACCUGAAGUGCUCAGUUAAUUCUACCUAAACCAGCAGUUUCUUUUAUCUUGUAUCUCCAAUGUGUUGUAAAUGUACUGUUCUUGAAUUAUUGGUAAAACCUGUUGUCUAUUAAUAUAAAUAACCUAACCAUGCCCUUAUAAAUUACAAAUAUUAGAAGUGGAAAUAUUUGUACCUGCUAUUUGACAGUGUUAUGAUUGCUGAUAAAAUUAAAUACUGAAAGGAAA